CGGUUCCGAUCCUUGUGUGCGUCAGGCGGGCGCGCAACAUCAGGCUUCAUGCUGGAGAGGUUUGGACGAACUUUUUUAAGGAUGAUAUGCGUUGGAUGUUUCCUCCUGCUGCUCUGCGGGCUGACGCGUGUCAUGGCAAGUUAUCCCAUCUGGUGGUCUCUCGCGGUGGGCCACCAGUACUCGUCAUUGGGCACGCAACCCAUCCUGUGCAGCAGCAUUCCAGGGCUGGUGCCCAAGCAGUUGCGCUUCUGCCGCAACUACUUGGAAAUCAUGCCCAGCGUGGCAGAAGGGGUGAAGAUCGGCAUCCAGGAGUGCCAACACCAGUUCAGAGGCCGGCGCUGGAACUGCACCACCGUCAAUGAUAAUCUGGCCAUUUUUGGGCCAGUUUUGGAUAAAGCCACUCGAGAAUCAGCAUUCGUCCACGCCAUCGCCUCGGCCGGGGUGGCCUUCGCCGUCACCCGGGCUUGCGCCGACGGCUCCGCCACUAUCUGCGGCUGCGACACGCGUCACAAGGGUCCCCCCGGCGAGGGCUGGAAGUGGGGCGGUUGCAGCGAAGAUGUGGAUUUUGGCGGCAUGGUGUCCAGAGAGUUUGCAGAUGCCAGGGAGAACCGCCCCGACGCCCGCUCGGCCAUGAAUCGGCAUAACAACGAAGCCGGACGGACGUCUCUCUAUGACAAGAUUUUCCUGAAGUGUAAGUGCCACGGGCUGUCUGGCAGUUGCGAGGUGAAGACGUGCUGGUGGUCUCAGCCGGACUUCCGGGUCAUCGGCGACUACAUGAAGGACAAGUACGACAGCGCCUCGGAGAUGGUGGUGGAGAAACACAAGGAGUCGCGUGGCUGGGUGGAGACCCUGAGACCCAAGUACAACUACUUCAAGCCGCCCACCGAGCGCGACCUGGUCUACUACGAGGGCUCGCCCAACUUCUGCGACCCCAACGCCGAGACGGGCUCGUUCGGCACCCGCGACCGGGUCUGCAACCUGACGUCGCACGGCAUCGACGGCUGCGACCUGCUCUGCUGCGGCCGCGGCCACAACACGCGGACGGAGAGGCGCAAAGAGAAGUGCCACUGCAUUUUCCACUGGUGCUGUUACGUCAGCUGCCAGGAGUGCGUCAGGGUCUAUGAUGUCCACACCUGCAAAUAACACACGCUUCUCCAUCUUGUAGCUUCAGACCUUGGACCGGACUUGACCAUCCAUUGAGUCCGGCGGACGGGACUUUGCUUUCCGUUCAUGGAGGACAUUAUGAGGCGAAGCAGCAAUGACUCAGAGAGGACUGUCAAACACCAUAUUGGUGUUUUUAUUUUGGUUUUUUUUCCCUCCAACUGUUAUCUUUGUCUUCCGCGUAGUUUAGCCUGGUGCUUCCUUCUGCUGUCCCUUCUCAAGGUUUCGACCCAGAUGGGGUUUGGAGUUUUUCCUUGCCCUCUUGGGGGGUUAAGAUCGGGGGGGGGGGGGUCAUUAAUAUUUGUCAUCUGAGGGCAUGUGAAGCCCUUUGAGACAUUUCUGUGAUUAAGGGCAAUAUAAAUAAAUUGGACUUGACUUGAAUUCUGGACUGUUCAAUUCAAUUUAUUUGUACGGAACCUUAUCAUAGAAAAUUAAACUCAAAGUGCUUUAAAAAAUGAAUAAAAGCGGACAGCAAACCUUAACCCAAAUAUUCCUGUCGUCUAAUGCUGCUAAGUUUGUUAAUGUCUGUUUUGUGGUUCUUACAUUCAAUAUGUCUUUGUAGAAAUGUUUUGUUUUGGAUUCUUUCUGUGAAAGAAAUGUGUUUUAGUUUGGAAAACGUGAAGUUUGGACUCAUUUCUGCAUAGAGUAAUUGGCAUUUUAAGCAAAAUAGAUUUGUUUUAGUUGUUUCGUAGGCUGUUUGGAGCAAACAUGAUUUGGCUUGUUGCUCCACUUUUAAUUUAAGAUGACUCACAGUUGCUCUUCAUUUUUUUUUUUUAAAGUAAAAACUACAGAAAGCUGAAUUGAGUGGUCAUAUUGCCAUUUAUUAGGUACACCUGGAUAGUUGAAUGAAGCCUUUCUAAUAUUUUGACCUCCUGAUUAAAAAGACAAUAUAUUUUUUGAAUAAAUAAAAUAAUUGGAAAAAAAAAGAUUCAAUACAUGUUAAAAAAUCAGAAAAAAAUCAUACAAUUUGCAAACAUCUUUCAAUUGUCUGAGUGUACCCAAUAAAGGUGUAGCGUAGCAUAGAAGGUGUUUUCAGACAAAUUUUUAGAUUCAAUACAGCUAAUUUCCUCUCGCUAUUAAUGUCAUCUGAUGUGUUUCUGAAAAGUUUAAUAUUUGCGCUCUAAUUUCCUUUUUAAAGCCCAAAGUUUUGUACAUACUAGUGUAAAUGUUUUUUUUUUUUUUUACAAUUAUUUAUUUUCUGCUAUGUAUAUGUUAGUAAGUAAAACCAUAUUCACAAAAAA